CGGCUGCGUUUAGUUUCAAUUCUUCCGCUGGCCUGAAGUUUCUUUUUCUCGUCCGCUCCCUGUCCGUGGGGAGCCUCCUCUCGCUCUCCGCCGGCUCUCCUGGUGCCAGGGCAGGGGUCGGGCUUCGCGGCCCCGCCGCCCCGCACGGAGCUGUAGCCGGGACCGGGACGGGUGCCGCCGCCGCCGGCGGUGCGAAGCCGGCCUUGCCAUGACGGCGGAGGAGAAGAAGAGCCUGCAGUGCUACAGGCGGUACAUCGAGAAGAGCCUGAACCCCGUCUACAUCCUAAGCAACAUGACGGACUGGCUGUCCGACGAGGUGAAGGAGAGAGUCCGGAAGGAGGAGGAGAAGGGGGUGACGGCGGCCGCCGCGCUGUUUGUGGAUACCAUCCUGGAGCUGGAGGCGGAGGGCUGGCUGCGGGGCUUCCUGAACGCCCUGGUUGCAGCAGGUUACACUGGACUGGCAGAAGCAAUUGAAAACUGGGACUUCAGCAAACUGGAAAAACUGGAACUGUACAGACAGCUGUUGAAGCGGAUUGAAGCAACAAUGCUAGAAGUUGAUCCGGUAGCACUCAUGCCCUACAUAAACACGUGCCUGAUAGAAAGGGAGUGUGAUGAGAUCCUGCAGAUUAGCGAAUACAGAAGCAAAGCAGCCGGGAUAACUAAGCUCAUUGAAUGUCUCUGUCGAUCGGAUAAGGAAAACUGGCCAAAAAGCCUUCAGCUGGCACUAAAUAACACAGGAUAUUACAAUGCAAGUGAACUGUGGGAUAUGAGAGAAGGAAACGGCAAAGAUGUUGAUGGUGAAGUGACAGAUGCCUCUGAGAACAGCUUUGAAACCAUGAUAACAUUUUCUGAAGAAGCAGAACCUGAUAAUAAUCUCAGUGAAAAUCUCUGUUCAGCUUCAGAAGGAAUCUAUCAGCCUUCACCUGUUUAUGAACCAAAGAAGGCUCGGAGCUACCAGAUUGAACUUGCGCAGCCUGCUAUCGAUGGGAAAAACACAUUGAUAUGUGCACCCACAGGAUCUGGAAAAACUUUUGUGGCAGUUAUGAUUUGUGAACAUCAUUUCCAAAACAUGCCCACAGGACGAAAGGCAAAAGUUGUUUUUCUUGCAACUAAAGUGCCAGUGUACCAACAACAGAAAAACGUAUUCAAGCAGCAUUUUGAAAGAAGUGGAUAUUCUGUUCAAGGAAUUAGUGGUGAAACAGUUGCAAAUGUCUCUGUAGAAAAGGUUAUACAGAACAGUGACAUUGUUGUGCUGACGCCCCAGAUUCUUGUGAAUAGCAUUGAGGAAGGGAUCCUUAGCUCCCUCUCCAUCUUCACUCUGAUGAUAUUUGAUGAGUGCCACAACACUACAGGCAACCACCCUUACAGUGUGUUAAUGACCAGAUACCUGCAACAAAAAUUUGACUCCUCUGCAAACCAGCUGCCUCAGAUUGUAGGUUUAACUGCUUCUGUUGGAGUUGGUAAUGCCAAGAGCAUCAAGGAAACAAUAGAGCACAUCUGCACCCUCUGCUCCUACCUUGACAUACAGGCCAUAUCCACUGUCAGAGAGAACAAAGAGGAUCUGCAGAGAUUCGGAAACAAGCCAGAAAUGUAUGUCAGAUGGGUUAAAAUGCGAGUUCAGAAUCACUUUGCAGACAUUAUCUCAGGUCUGAUGUCUGAGACAGAGGAGUUGAUGAGGAAGAUUUACUCAGUGGAUAAUAUCUCUCAAAUCAACAAGAAUGAUUUUGGAACACAGAAAUAUGAGCACUGGAUAGUUGCCACUCAGAAAAAAUGCAGACUGUUGCAACUGGCAGAUAAAGAGAAGGAGAGCAGCAUUUGUAGAGACCUUUUCAUUUGCACUGAACACCUGCGGAAAUUCAACGAUGCUCUCAUCAUCAGUGAGGAUGCCCGCAUCGAAGAUGCUUUAUUCUACCUAACUGAAUUUUUCAUAAAUGUCAAAAACGGACCAUAUACGGAGUUAGAGAAGCAACUGACAGCCAAAUUUCAAGAGAAAGAACCAGAACUGAUUGCCCUUUCAAAAGAUGAAUCAAAUGAGAAUCCCAAGCUGGAAGAGCUUGCCUGCAUCCUGGAUGAAGCAUAUCGCUAUAACCCACAGACUCGCACUCUCCUCUUUGCUAAGACAAGAGCCUUAGUAGCUGCUCUCAAGAAGUGGAUAGAAGCAAACCCUCUACUUAACCACAUAAAACCGGGUGUGUUGAUGGGUCGUGGAAGAAGAGAUCAAAAAACAGGUAUGACCCUCCCGAUGCAGAAGGGUGUACUGGAUGCAUUCAAAACCAACAAAGACAGCAGACUGCUAAUUGCUACAUCUGUUGCUGAUGAAGGCAUUGAUAUUUCUGAGUGCAACCUUGUUGUGCUCUAUGAAUACUUCGGUAAUGUCACCAAAAUGAUCCAAGUGAGAGGUCGUGGAAGGGCAAGAGACAGCAAGUGCAUCCUUGUGACAAACAAAAAAGAAGUGGUUGACAAUGAGAAACAGAACCAUUAUAAGGAAGAAAUGAUGAAUGAAGCUAUUGAAGAGCUACAGAAUUGGGAUGAAACAACAUUUGCAAGAAAGAUACAUGACCUGCAAAUGAAGGAAAAGGUAUUAAGAGAUUCCAGGAAGAAAGACACAAGAUGUAAGGCAGUGGAAGGAAAAAAAAAUCUUCUCUGUGGAAAAUGCAAAGCAUAUGCCUGCAGUACAGAUGACAUCAGAGUUAUAAAGGAAUCUCAUCACACUGUCCUAGGAGAUGCGUUCAAGGAGCGUUAUAUAACAAAGCCUCACCAGAAACCAGUCCGGUUUGACUGUUUUGAGAAAAAAAGCAAGAUGCAUUGCCAAAAUACUAAUUGCCAGCAUGACUGGGGAAUCAUAGUAAAGUACAAGACAUUUGAUGAUCUACCGGUGAUCAAAAUCAAAAGCUUCGUAGUAGAGAAUGCUGAAACUGGGGCACAAAUGGAUUUUCAGAAAUGGAAAGAUAUUAAUUUUUCAUUGAAGAAUUUUGAUGAAGAAACAUCCAGCUGAACUCAGCAUUUUAGUGCAUCUAUCACCCUACUGCACUAAGUUGAAAUAGUGGAUGACCUAUUUCCAUGUAUAAAAAGUUCUUUAUGCUGUCCAAUAUGCUUAGGCCCCUCAUCAGAAUCUGGCUAGAUUUAAAAAAGGCUAAUAUGGUCACUAAAAAAAGAAAGUGCUAUUUAAUGAAAUGUUGUUUCACUACAAGUUUUAAUAUAAGCAUGCACAAACAUGUGCCUAACCAUCUAGAUCUUAAUCCUUGCUACUAUGAAGAAGUUGGUCUGAAGAAAACAAAAUCUAGUGACUGACUAAACAUCUAAUUUUAGGUGACGGGUCACAACUUCAAGCAUUUCUGUGUGAAUCAGAAUCUUCUUUGUUACUGGUAACUUCUGGUUGGAUUGUAUCUCCAUACAGAUGACAUGGCUUAUGCAUACUGACACUGUAAGCCCUACCAUAGCUACAUUUAAAGCUUUUUAAAAAUUACUUUUAAUGCUUUAGGCAUUUUGGUCUAUAGAAAAUAAACAGAAAAUGUCCAGUAACUUUUCUGUAAGGAUGAUAUUGCAUCUUUUAAAUCCAUCUUUAAUAGAGAAUGCUUCUGUACCAGUCUGAGAAAAACAGUAGGGCUUCACAGAGCCCUCUUGGAGGAGGCAUCUUCUAGAUUAAAAUGGUAGCACUGUUCUCUUCUAUCACUGCAUGUUCAUCAAGUUGCUGUUGCUGAAGUUGCAGAAUGGUCACCUUUCUAUGCGUUGCUUAAAUGAACAAGACCCAAGGGGGACAAAGCAGUGCCCUGUAAGAUGGGUGAAGACUUAAUUUAGAUGGUGAUUAGCAUUUACCCUGAUGUCCUGUCUUAUAAAUUGGUAUCUGAAGUCUCUUAAGACACUAAUUCUACAGCGUUCCUCUCAGAGCUGAUCUACACUUGCAACAAAAUCUAGACAUUAGUGUAAGUCCACCCUCCUCACCCAGAUCCCAGACUUCUCUCAGAAAAACAGAAAUUGCUACAGACACAGUUAUGAAACAUUGUUAAAGUUGUACACUUGAAAGCACUUGCUGAUUCUACAUAUCUUCAGUGAGCUCAAUCUUCAAUACAUCUGGAACCAAGAUCAAAUAUAUCUUCAAGUUCACUUUAUGCAUUUGAUAGUGUAGUAGGAAGUAUAUUUAGAAAAAUUGUGUCUUGAAACACCUGAACUGUGAAGAGAACAAACCACCUUGAACAGGAACCUGACUCACAGUCCAAAAAUUAAAUUACCUAAACCCUAGUCAAUGAGACUUGUGCUUUUUUAAACAGUGUUAAGUGGCAUUAAAAGCAAAGCAACUUUUUAAGCACUGCUUCAUGUUCCAUUCCAGUCCAUGCUUUUUACUGUGAAAGCUGUAUGCACUGUACAGGAAGACUGAGUCUCAGUCCUACAGUAACUUUGUGCUUGGAUUUUUACCUAGUCAACUUGCUGUUUAUAGCUGUUUCCAAAAAGGAAUAAUGGAUAAAGAUGAUUUAAGGUUGGAUAAUGCCUUCCCUCCAAAAAUAGUAGGAACAAAGAUUCUAAAAAAGGCUGGUCUAGCACAUUCAAAUUAAAAGUACAUGGAAAAUCACAGUCCUUGAGUAUCAGUUUGCUGCAUGAAAGGGUCAUCUACUUUGUGACUCUUGGCAUAAAAAAUAAUCAGUCUUAAGUUUCAGAGCUUAUAAUAGUAACUACUGGGAAGUCAGGGGAUGUAAGGAGUUUUAGUCUUUUCCUAGUGUUUAAACACAAGGAUUGCAGACUAUAACAACUCCACAGUUCAGCCUAAAUGAGUGUAAUAAAGGUUGGUGAGGUAACACAUGUUAAAGAAUUCAACUUGAUGCAACAAGCCGUGCCAUCUUCAGUACACAGUGGAGAUGAGAGGGUGGGGAAGAACACCAGCAUGCUACUUGGCCUUUGAGAACAUCUGAAAUUCUUUUGCAAUUGAGCAUUAUUUGCUAAUAAAUAAGCAACUUUGGGUUCAAGAUUAGGACUUAUUAGUGGCUCUCUAUUAAGAUGUUUCACAGAAUGGCUCAGGUUGGGAGGGACCUUUAGAGGUCAUCUUGUCACCUACAGCAGUUUGCCCAGGACCAGCAUCUGAACAUCUCCAAGGAUGGAGACACCACAACCUCUCUGCGUAAUCUCUUCAAGGCAGUGCUUGGUCAUCCUUACAGUAAAAAAGUGUUUCCUGAUGUUCAGAGGGAACCUCCUGUGUUUCAGUUUGUGCCCAUUGCUUCUUGCCCUGUCACUGGCCACCACUGGAAAGAGCCUUCCAUUCAGAUAUUUGUAUACAAACAGCAGAGAUGUCCCUGAGCCUUCUCUUCACCAGGCUAAACAGUCAUGGCUCUCUCUGCUUAUCCUCAUGAGAGGUGCUCCAGAUUCUGCAACAUCUUAGUGGGCCUCUGCUGGAUUCACUAGAGGAGCUCUGUUUGUUGUAAUCAAGCAAGAAUAGCCUGUUGCAGGUACAGUGCAAUCUCUAUCCCCUCCUUAAGCCUCUUGACUUCUUUCAGAAGUACUUUCAUUGUUUUUUUUCCAGAUAAAGCUGGAGCUGACCACUAAAAAUAUACUAGGAGAUUACUUUGAAAGAAUUUCACCACUAUGUUGAUUGUCGUGGCAGUUGCUCUAAAUACAGUUAAGAGUGAGAAUUAGUACUAUAACCUUGUUUAUCUCCGAGUAAGAGGAUAUUUAUUAUCACUGUAAACAGAUUUAUGUGGUACUGUGGAUUGGGCAGUUAGUGAAUGCGUUAGUGUAACUGGUUGCUAAAUGCCAUAAAAAUUGCCAACAAGGAUCUUGAAAUUGUGGUAGAUUCCCUCUGUUCUGUGUCCUCAAGAAGACAAAUACAUCACAGCAGUAUUCUGUUGGGUUGCAGAAGACUGCCAGUAUCCAGUAGUACUUGUAUUCAUCCUGUUUCACGCAGAUUAUU